CCUAGAACGACCAUCAAUAAUCACUUUGCAUGAGUCCAUCUUCUUUUAUUUUGUAAUUCCUUCUUAGAACAUUGAACGGUCUGUUCAUUGUACUCACGCUGAACUCACUUCGCUCCGCAACGAUACAUAUCCACUCACACAAUGUCCCAAUCACCAAAAGAGAGGAUGCCAGAAGAAGACGACACAACAGAAGCGCCCCUCACCAUGGCCGCGUCAGUCGUCUUGACCAACCUGCCGAAAGAUGCUUCGAAAGCGCUAGAAACUGCCGGGAGCCUCGCUGUACAGAAAGUGACAAUUCGUCUCCAACCUAUAGGCUCAGCCCCGCACCUAACUCAACGCAUUUUCAAGCUUGGCACAAACUCGACGUUUGCAACGAUAGUGCGGUUCCUCCGGAGACGACUCGGUGUCAAGGAGCACGAGAGUGUGUUUUGCUACGUGGGGAGUGUGUUUAGUCCUGGGUUGGAUGAGGGCGUGGGGAAUCUUUGGAGCUGCUUUAGGCAGGGUGAGGAGCUGGUUGUGGGGUAUGCUAUUAGUCCGGCUUUUGGGUAAGGAUUAGGAGACAGAGGGGGAUGAGGGAUGGAGGGUAGGGUCAUGAUGUUAAUCUAGCAUUUGGGCAGAGCGGAUUAUGAGUGCAGGGGAAGCGGGUUAGCAGGUGGGUUGGUUGGGAAUGGUGCGUUGGUGCUGCAAGAGUCGAAUUAGAUGGUUUGGGAACAGAGUCUUUGAGGAUGUGUAUCGCUCUGUAGGACGUCGUCCAACAGUAUACUGAAAAGGAACUGACAGGAAGCUACAAAGUCUUCCGUCCAACGAGUGAAUAAAAGAAAAGCGAGUUAUCUAUACCU